UAAGAAAUUGGAGCUGCAGCGAAAAAAGUUCUAUUUUUUGCUAACGGGAUGUGAAACACAAGUAGCUCUCCGGGAAUGCUUAGAAAUCCAAUGUUCGAGUCCAUGGUGCGACCAAAGUCCUCUUCACUUCUACUUAUUUAUUUUAUCUUUUUUUUUGUCAAUUUUUUUUUUUUUUUUUUUUUUUUUUUUUAACACUUGGUUUUUUUUCACUGUAGCUUAACUCAAGUAAGACACCUUAUGAACUUGGGUUUAAUAAAAAGCUAAUCUCAAGUAUCUAAGAACUUUUGGUAGUACAUGUAAUAUGUUACGAGAUAGAGAAAAUUCUUUAUUAAUAUGCAUUAUGUUGGAACAUUUUAUAUGUGUGUGUAUAUACAUAUACAUAUAUAUAUAUAUGUUUGUAUAGGGUUUACAGAAAAUAGAAAAUUGCUUUCCAAAUCUUCAGCUUUAUCUCUCUCUCUCAAGAACAAAGAAUCUACAUGGUAUCAGAGCAACGAUUCGACCAUUGUCAUUGCCACCGAACUGCUAGGGUGUGUACUAGCUUGUGGGUGUGAUUGCUUGGAGAGUUGCAGAGGCUACAGAGUUCCCAUCUGCGAAUUUGCUUGGAGAGUUACAGAGCUCCCAUCCGUGAAGAUUCAUCGGUUCUUUCGCCCGAUUUUUUUUUUCGUUGACGACUACCGAUCUGUUCGCUGUUGCAGAGGACUCACUUUUUCCGUUUUUCUGCGUGUUGAUUGCUGGGUGGUUGAGUUCUUGCCGGUGCGUCAUCGUCGGCCGAGUCACGAUCGCGACCUACCUUUUAUUCUUCUUUACAGAUCGUAGUGCAUGACUGAAAUGUGGUCGGCGGUAGAUUUGUAGUCUUCGCCGUUACCUGUAGAGUUGCAGAAUUGAUCCCGGCGUCAUCGGCGGUGUUUGGGAAGAAGAACAGCUCUGUUUGGCUACAGGAGUAAGCUAGCCCAAACCAGUUCUACUGGAACCCGUUUUCUUCAGUGACCCGGUUCAGAUUUGCAACCCGGAUUUUCAACCCGAUUCGAGAUCCGAUCAUAUUUGGAAUCCGACCUGGAACGGUUCUGCUCUGAAUUUUCUUGCCUUCUCUGGUGAAGCAGAAACUGAUCUUCUCCUAGUUCUUCCUCCUUUAUUUACUUAAAAAAAAAAAAAACUUGGGAGUCAGUGUGCGUGCAAGCUCUUUCUUCUCAGGACAGAGUUGGGAGUCAGUGUGAGAGCACAGCUUCCUUCAUCUCGGGAGAGAUAAGUUUUUUUUUUUUUGGUUUAGCAUUCCUCCAUGUCAGAAACUUCAAUUGUUGCCACUGAACCUACUGGAAUUAAGUCCCCUGUUCCACAUUUUGAUUAUGUCGGACUGCAAAUUACCACUAUAAAAUUAUGUAAUUCCAAUUACUUAGUCUGGGCUCAAGCUGUGAAAAUUUCUUUAGGCGCCCUACGAAAACUGAAAUUUGUUACACAUGACCCUCCAUCUAAAACUGCAACAGGAUAUGAUGACUGGGAAACUGAUAAUUAUAUGGUUAUGUCAGGGCUGUGGAAUAGUAUGGAACCUUCCAUUGCAUCCAAUUUUAUGUUUGUGAACACUGCAAAGGAAAUUUGGGAUGCCGUUAAAGAAACCUACCCUAUGGACACCUACCCUAUGGACACGGAUGUUUCUCGCAUAUAUUCACUAUAUGAAAAGAUGUUUCAUUCUCGUCAGUCCGGUCAAGGCAUAGCCGAGUAUUACAGUACUUUCAAAUGCUUGUUGGAUGAGUUGAAUCAGUACCACCCCUUGACUACUGAUCUUGAAGUUCUCAAGCGACAACGUGAAGAAUUUUAUGUUUCUAUUUUUCUUGCGGGAUUAGACCCUAAUCUUCAGAGUAUUCGGGAUCACAUACUGGCCGGUGGUGGAGGACUCCCAUCUUUGGGUAACAUUUUUGCUCGACUACUACGGGUUUCACAACCCUCACAUGGAACGUCCACUGUGAAAGAAAAUUCAGCUAUGAUGAUUCCUUCUGUCACCCCACAGUUUUCUAAAAGUCGCGGUCAUCCCAGUAGCAACCGAGGGUAUGGAGGCAAUUUAAGUGGUUCUCGUGACAAUGGCGGUCGCGAUAGAGGUUGUGGUCGCCGUGGUUGUGGACGUACCGAAACUCGUUACUGUGGCCAUUGUCGGGGUACUAAUCAUUCUAUUGAGUACUGUUGGGCUCUUCAUGGAAAACCAGCAUGGGCGAAUCAAGUAGUCUCUUCCUCUCACACUGUUUGUUCUCCUCCCUCCCUUAGCCGAGACUGCCCACCUUCUACGGCUUCUGUAUUGCCAUGGAGUUCAUCUACUAGUGACAGUGUCACACUAUCUCGAGCCGAGUUCAGUGCCUUGGUCAACCAGGCGCAUCACAAGUCUGCUAAUGUUGUUAACUUUGCCCAGUCAGGUAACAUUACAUGUUUUUCGGAUCUACAGAAUUCAUCCUCCCCUUGGGUUCUUGACUCUAGGGCAUCUACCCAUCUCACGGGACCUCAAAACGAAGAAGACAAUUGGUGGCAGCAUUAAAAAGAAUGGCAUCUAUUACUUGGAUUUCCAGUCGUCUACUAGUGGUAUGGCUCUCCAUUCACAGGUUUCUGUACGCCAGUGGCAUUAUCGGUUAGGUCAUCCCUCCUUGAGGUAAGGAGAGAUUUGUUACCAACUGAUGCAUGCGAUAGAAGAGAAAUAGAGGAGAAGAAAAGAGGCAAGAAGAGGAAGAUACAGAAGAAGAGAGAAAAGGCAGUUUAAGAUGGGAAUCAUAUUUCAAUAAUCAAUAUUCAAUCAGUUAGCCUGGAUAAUUAUAAAGGCAUUAAUUAUAGGGAAAGUGGUGGGCAAACCCUACAAAACCCUAAUUACUAUAUAUUGAUUAUGAUGGUUUGGACAUUUGUAAAGAAAGAAGAUCAUUAAGUGUAUAAGAACAGUGAAGUGGUUCACAUUGAAGGUAAUGCUAGAUGAAAGGGAAGACUAAAAUUUAUACAGGUAGAGUUCGUAUAUAAAAACAUUACAACAUGUGAUUUGACCGGAGUUACAACCUUAAAUAAAGUAGAAUGAAAAGCUAGGAUUCUUGUAAGCAACCCAAGUAGUUGAGAAAAUAUUGUUUGCUAUUGUUGUGUUCUUUUUGUGUUUGAUGCUGAUAUAUGUUGUGUUUGUGGUCCGACUUGUACAAUUGUACAGUAUAUUUGUUCUGCUGAGUUCUAUAUGAUUGGAACAUGAUAUAUGGGAGAGGGAGACGAUAUAAAAGAAUGCUGUCUUGUUUGAGACUAUUAUGUGGUCUCUGUUUCUUCUGAUGGAAAGUGAGAUCAGAUAAGUCUGCACAUUCUUUUGAUUGUAUUAUGCAUAUAUACAA